AUGGUCGAUCCGGCCGUGGCUUACACUGACUAUCCCCCAUUCGAAAAAGGCGUCCAAGACGGUGUCUUCUUGACUAACUCAAACGGAUCCAUCUAUCAAGGCGUCGUCUGGCCCGGCAUUACUGCCUUUCCCGACUGGUUUGCCCCACAGAUACAGGAAUACUGGAACAGCCAAUUCUCUACAUUUUUUGACGCAGACAGUGGCGUCGAUAUCGACGCGCUAUGGAUCGACAUGAACGAAGCCUCAAAUUUCUGUGACUGGCCCUGCGCAAACCCAGCGGAAUUUGCGCAAGAAAAUGAUGACCCUCCCAAUCCUCCCCCUGUUCGCUUAUCGCCACCACGGCCAAUCCCGGGCUUUGGGUCGAAUUUCCAGCCUAAAUGUGUCGCUUCAGUUUCAUUCACCGUCUAUGCGGAGACCUAUUAUGGAGAAGAUAUCUAUAUUCUCGGUAGUUCCCCUACUUUGGGAGAAGGGAACGUUCACAAUUCCGUUGAAAUGAGCGCAGACAACUACCCAGAGUGGCAGGUUACCCUGCAAAUGCCCGACAAUGGAACAUUCACCUAUGAAUAUGUCCGUCGGGAGUCAGACGGUAGCUGGAUCUAUGAGAGCAAAAAUCGCACAAUUACCACAGGCGAUUGCAACAGUGGUAUACAGAUGGUCUCUGACAACAUUACUACAAGCUCUGGGUCAAUGAAGAGGUCUCUUCGCUCUGAUUUAGUGUCCAGUGUACGCUCUCUAGUAACUGGAGAUGUCCUUCAGAAGCGAGAUGGCUCCAUGCUCGGCCUGCCCGGAAGAAACCUGAUCGAUCCUCCAUAUCAGAUCAACAACACUGCUGGUUCAAUAAGCAACUUGACAAUCCGGACGGACCUCACUCAUUCUAACGGUCUCAAACUGUACGACACGCAUAAUUUCUACGGUAGCAUGAUGAGUGCCGUUAGUCGCGACGCUAUGCUUAAUCGAAGACCUUCCAAGCGACCGAUGGUGUAA